GAGAAGUAAUCGGCAUAGUUUCUAAUUAAGAGAAGAGGAUCCAAGGAUUUUUCCUUGAAAAGUUAAAGAAAUCAGCGCGCUUUUCAAGAGUUGUGUCAACAACAAGUGGACAACUAUUUUACGGGGAUGUCAGUUAUUCUUCUUAUGAUGUCUGUGGAUUAUACACAUUUUCAACAGUAAACCUAAAUUACUGUACUUAUUAAAAAUGUCCAGCAGUAGUUCUGGAGACUAUAUCGCCAAUUAUUAAACAUAUUCUCUACACAAGUUCUAUAUCCCGUAAAUAUUUAUUUACGGAUGCACAUUGAAAAUAUAUGACUCUAUUUGGAUAGGAUUUUCUACCAAAUAUUUUUCAUCUCUUCGCCUAUUUUCACUCGUAUUUCUGCCUUAAAGUUGUACUAUCUCACUCUUGAAGUCGUGAUGCUGGUGCAAAAUGAUACUAUGAAACAUAACAUCAUUAAGGAUGGUGAAAGUCAGCCAAUUCAGGCUUCAGUUGAAAUUAAACACUAUCCAAAAGAAAGGUCUGCACGCAGUACCAAGCGUUCUAAUGCCAUACGCAGUACUGAGCGUAGUCGUCAAAAGUCAUUAAACAUUAUGCUUUGUGGCUGUCUAGUUCCGGGCACAGAAUGCACUAGCAACAUAGAACACCAUCCUAUUGAUAACAAUCGCCGACUUCUACCAACUAGCGCGAUUCAGUCGAUGGAGUCUCUCAGUAUUUCCAGGAAGACAGGAUCAAAUCACUCCGUUCAACCUUCUGACACAUCUGAAAACUCAAGCGUCGUCAGACUGCAACCAGUGGUCAAUUUACCUUCUUGUGCCCUUAUAACAGAUGCACUUCUCUCACAAACAAAACGAGCAGGUAUGAUAACUGAGACUAUUCCUACCAAUGGGACGAAGCGUCAAGGAUGGCGAAGUUUCAGAUUCAGUCGUAGGAAAGAGGCAAGCGUUGGUAAGACAAAGCAUUAUGACCCUGUUCUUGGAACAACCGUCACGAGGCCUGUUAAAAGCAGUGCGUCCUACUCUGAGACAGAGAAAAAGUCAGAUGUAGACCAGUCACAUGUUUUUUCACCUUUACCAAGUCAAGCGUUAUCGGAAACUGUAAAUACUGAUGAGCACCACACAGCCUUGCUUGGACCAAAAAGUGAAGCAGAUAAGAGUAAAAAGUGUUUUGUCAUUGACUUGGAUGAAACUCUUGUACACAGUUCGUUUAAGGUGAUUGAACAUGCAGAUUUUAAGGUUGGAGUUGAAAUUGACGGAGUUACACAUCGUGUAUAUGUUCUCAAACGACCACAUGUUGAUUUAUUCCUAUCAACAAUGGCCAAUUUAUAUGAAUGUGUAUUGUUCACUGCUAGUUUAGCUAAAUACGCUGAUCCAGUUGCAGACUUUAUUGACAAAUGGCACGCUUUUCGAUAUCGGUUGUUUAGAGAAUCCUGUGUAUAUCAUCGUGGUAAUUAUGUGAAAGAUUUAAGUCAUUUGGGUAGACCAAUUAAUCAAGUUGUUAUUUUGGAUAAUUCACCAGCAUCGUAUAUGUUUCAUGCAAGUCAUGCUGUUCAAAUCUCAUCGUGGUUCGAUGAUGCAAAUGAUCGUGUUCUAUUAGAUUUAAUCCCUUAUUUUGAGAAACUUGCAACUCAACCGAAUGUUGUUGAUUUUCUUAAGAAUAAUGUUCCGCCUACUCCAUUUGCUGCCGUCGGUACAGUUGGUUUACCUGCAAGUUUAUUUCCGCAUACAGCAUUUCCUGUUAGUGGUAAAUCCACUGCUGAUGGUAACUCAAUAAUAUCGAGUAUAAAACGUCCAACUGUUGCAUCUCCAUUUCCAGUAUCUUCUGCUGAUAAUCGCUCUCAAAAUCAAAAUCAAAUGUCAUCCACUAAUACUAUCACCAAUGCUCCUUCGACUACUAUUGCCACUACUACUACUUGUACGACUGUUUCAACACCUAUAGAAUCUAAAACAAUAGUAGGUUCAACUAACUCUGAUACCCUACCGGUUAUCACUAAAUUAAUACCAUCUAGCAGUGGUCCUACACUAACACCUGUAGCAAAGAAACAAGAUGUUUCCACUUUUCCAGCGCCUUUAUCUUUAGCCGCCUAUGUACCUAUCACUUCACCGUCAUCUUUGAAUGCUAUAGCUAGUAGCAAAGUAUAUCCAAGCAGUAGUUCAGUGCAAACAUUUAUCCCUGUUACCAAUACAAAUUUAUCCAAUUCAUUAUUAUCAUCAUCAAAUGAAACUGUAUCACCACCACCAUCAUCAUCACCACCACCACCUCAAAUAUCUGAAGAAGUCUCAGGUAUUUCAUCGGUAUCAUCGCCAAAGUCUUCAACAAAUCAAUCCUGUCACAUUCCUUGUGUUGUUGUUAAAUCUACUGAACAGAAUUCAGCUGUGAAUAAGCAAAAGAUUGCAUUGAAUUCAUCAUAUCAUCAAAAGAAACCAUUGCAUACAAAUAAACGAUUUGUUAAUGUAUCAAAUUAUUUCAAAUCGAAUCCACAUACUACUAAUAAUACUACUAAUACGACUGCUACUACUACUAUUACAACUACAACUACUGUAAUUGGUGAAAAUCAUGAUCGUCGUCCAUUAUCAUCGGAUAAAAAGAAGUGAUGAUAUGCAAUGAGAUGAGAAGUGUCAUUCAUUCAAUUGAGAUGUAACCUAUCCGGCUAUUCGUAUUGAUUGAUUGACUGGCUGACUGAUAUUAUUUGGUGUGUGUGUAUGGUAAUGAGAUUACUGACUUGAGUUAGUCUCAUCUUCCUUCUUCACCUUCAGAAUUAGUCAGUUAGUUAGUUAGUUAGUUAAUCAUUCAUCUUAAACCAUUGUGCCAAAAAAAGACAUGCUUUUCAUUCGAACAACACAUCACAAUAAAGCGCCUAUACAUGUAGACUUUUAAAUAUUUUCCCUCAGGCAUGUUUGAGAUGAUUUUCGCGGUCAAUAGCCGGUGUUUUUUUCACUACUACACUCUUGUCGCUCUCUCCCUCUCUCUCUUACACACAUACACAGUCUGUCACUCUCUUUUCUAUCUGUCUCAUGUACGCAAUAGUGAUCAAGUCUAAUUAAUUUUGUUAGAAAUAUAGAUUUCUGUUUGCUCAAUAAUAGUAAUACUACUACCACUAUGUAGUACUACUGAGAGUGAUAAUAGUAGUACUGCUGAUGAUGAUAAUAAUGAUAAUAGUAGUAAUGUAUCCCUCCAUAUAUUAUUCUCCUCACUGUAUUCUUGUUUAUAGUGUGAAAGAUUUAUUUGUCGUACAGGGGAGAGAAUGCACACUGGUAUGUAUAUUAAUUUGUGUGUGUGUGUGCAUGUGCGUUUGUGUACCUGCAUAGGCGCAUAUAUUUUGUAUAGUACUCAAGUAUGCCACUGAGUGACUACUUUUAGCAUAUACUCCAGCUGAUAUAUAUACAUAUAUUUAUUUAAUUUCACUGAAAAUUUUUCUCUAUUUUGGAGAUUUUAGUUUUAUUAUUUGUAUUUACAGUGAAAAGUUAACUGUCCUAUCUUCCUCUUUUUCGUCUCCAGUCUUCUUGAUCUUCUUUUAUCCAAAGAUGUUAGUUGACUUUCAUAUUUAACUUUGAGAUAAAAUAAAUAGUUUAGUUGUAUUUUAUUCAUUCAAAGUACUUUUGAUUUUGUAUUUGCGUAUUUCGAAUUCAUAUUUCGAGCUAACAACAUUGGACAUUUAUUAUUCUUAUUAUUUACGUGCAAUAUACACUGCUAAUCAGAGAUUUAUUCAUCUUUCUUGUGUCCCGGCCCCUACCCCGGCAGCCCACCCCAGCGCCUUCCCCAAUUCCCGAUAUCACUUUCUCCUCUUCAAUGUAUUAUUUGAACAACUUUUCAAGCUUUAUUUUUCAUUUCACAUCAAUCUACUCAUCAUCAUCAGCAGCAGCAUCAUCAUCAUCGUCAUUCAUUAUUAUUUGUAUAUUUGCAUUUUGCGUAAUAUGUUGUGAUGUGAUUACAUUUCUUAUUACGUUGAUUAUUUAUUUAAUUUAUUUAUUCAUUAUUAUUGCUAUUAUCGCCAUCAUCAUCGCUGUCAUCUUCUCUUGGUUUAUACUCACUCACUCCCUCCUUACAGCAUAUUCACAGUAAUCUCAUGUUUAUUUUAACUGGUGAUGUAAUAUAUUUAGCCUCGAAUGUAUACUUAUACAUUAUUUUUAUUUUAUUUUUGAAGAUACUACUUAAUUUGGCUUGGUUUGUGUUUUUGUUUAUUUUUAUUGCUUUUUUUGUGUGGCUUUUCUCUAACUCGUCUUUAACUAUUCACCUUUAUUAUUAUUAUUAUUAUUAUUAUUAUUAUUAUUAUUAUUAUUUAUACAUAUACACCUCUUUUGGCCAGUUAGGGAGUGUUGUUAGGUAGUUGUAACCACUUUCUCUUACACUAUUAAUGUUGUUUCUUUUUGGUGGUCUUGUCCUGAUUUUAUAUUUACACUUAUUCACCUCUGUCUGUCUGUCUCUCUGCUCUAUCUCUCUAGGCGCGCACACACACACACACACACACGUUCGUUCACAUACCCAAAGAUCAACCAGAUUGUGCUUAUUGUGUUUAUAGACUGUGUAUUAACGUGAAGUGUGUAUUUGAAUCUCUCUCUUCGAAUACCUUUGAAGAAUGAAAGACUACAGAUAUAUAUAUGUAUACAUACUACCAAGAUUCUUUACCAGUAUAGUAUAGAAGAGAUAUUAAUUCCUUCUCUAUUGAUUUCUGUCCGGUUUUUCGUUUGUAUUUUUCUUUUCGUCUAUACAUAUAUACAUACUGUAUAUGCUGACUUGUUUACAAGCUGUUUUAAUUUCAGAUUUUCGUUUAUUUCUCCCGCCCUACCCCCCCCCCAUUUCCAUCCAAAAAUAGAGUGAAUCACGCGCACAACAGAGAAACACACAAUGCUUGUGUGUAUGUGUACGUGUGUAUGUUGUAUAUGUUUGUAUAUUGUGUGUGUGUAUAUGCGUACUGGUGGUAGUGAGAUAUUUUUCCCUGUUUAUUUUACUGGAAUCUAACAAUAGGUGUUGGAUAGGCGCGUGUACACACACAAAUACACACACACAUGCAUAGAGACAUACAUACAUACACGUGUAUCUAUAUUUGGUGCCUUUCACAAUUUAAUUUUGAUCCUUUAUUGUAAAAUAAACAAAAGAUGAAAAGAGAAACUUAUUCAUG